GUUCGUUUCGUUCCGUAAGUUCCGUUCAAUUUCAAUCAAUCAUUUUGUGAAAUGGUCAAAAAUGUUAUGAUGUUUUAUUAAUUAAAAUUGAUUCCUUAAUAAGUAAACCAUAACGAAUAUUGAUCAUGGCUGAUUCAACAACAGAAAACAAUGCAGUUUAUGUAAAUGAAGUCCCCAAUAAUCAGGAAGAUGCUCCAGCAAGGGAACCUGCACAAGCACAUGAAUUAAUUUUUGACUGGCCCAUUAAUGUUGUUGUGUCCGAACCUAAGAUCCUCAGCCCAGACCCAGACGUGGCUCAACUGGGCAAAGAGGUACAGAAACUAGGCCCGCGAUGGAAAACCGUCAGAUAUGCAGACACAAAGAGACAGUUUGAAUCCACAGCACCUUUCUGUGCAUUGCUUGUGAACCAUGAGCUUGAAAGUUUAACUCCCAGAUGCAAGUCAUUUGACAUGCUGCAGAGGUUUGAUCAAACUCUUGCAGCUAUAACCCAUGGGCUCUUGAAACAGAAGAAAAUACUACAAAGUGCUUUGGAUGGUUUACCUGCAGAAGUGAGAAAUACUGUUCAGAAUGCUUUGCAGUCACCGGAUUCUCAGUAUAAAAAGAUUUCAGAUGAUUUACUGCAAUAUGUUUGUGGAAGACGGUCUCAAGUCAUUCAACAUAGAAGGGAAAUGUUCUUGCCACGAAAAAUAGGAGUCCGGGAGGCUUUGCACGCUAUACCACCAACGGAGCUUGUCUUGUUUGAAAGUAGAAGACUGACACAACUUGUAGAGGCCUUGCCUGAUAAAAUAGAUCAUUUUGUCCCUAAUAUGGACAAAUGCAAAUGCUGUCAAUUCCACAAGCAACGCCGAAGGCAUUCGUCAGAAGAACCUCAAGAAGAUGAGCCUGUGGUUCCUGACAGAAAGAGACACCGCAAACAGCGCAGGCAAAGGAAUUCUUCUGAUGAUCAAAGUUCAGACGAUGAAACUAGGUCUCGAGGCAGAAAUAGACAACGUGAUCAACGUAAGAGAAGGCAUACAUCAGAGGCAUGUAAUUCAGAAGAUGAUUCUCGUCCAAGGAGGAGACGCCGCUAGAGCUUUGCUACAGUUUUAAAGUUAUAUUUUAGUAUAAGGUUUUUUUGUUCAAUUCAAAUCUGUUAUGAUAUUUUAAACAUAAGUUGAUGAUGAUGGUAUCCUUUUAUCCCUCAUCAGGGACAUAGGGCUCUCAGAAGGGAUUUCCAUUUGGUCCUGCGCGGCCAGCCGAGGCCAACUGGUGCAGCCUGUUUUUCC